CAGUCUUCGAAUAUGGACAUGUCAGAAUCUCUAAGUUACAGAGAUUUCCUAUGGGCAAUUAAAUUGAAUCGUGUAAGUUUAAAUUUAAUCGGUUUAUGGCCUAAAACUGAUGGAAUUGCUAAAAGAAGACUCGGGCCUGACAUUCGUGCGGGUUUCGUUUUCAUUAUGAUAGCAUUUGUUUCUGGUAUUCCUAUGAUACAUGCGCUGAAGCGAGUUUGGGGCGACUUGGUGCUGGUGGUUGACAAUUUACGAAUUACAUUGCCUCUAACAGUGGUUUUGUUGAAACUUAUUAUUUUACGAUGGAAACAGAGAGUUCUCUCAUCCAUCAUAAACAUGAUAGCAGAGGAUUGGUUAGCGCUGAAGCCAAGUGCAGAAAGAGACGUAAUGAUAAAGCGGGCUCGGACCGCUCGAUUAAUUAUAAUUUAUGGAUUCGUUCUAACAAUAUCGGCAUUCUUUUUGCUCAACAUUCUUCCUUAUUUCAAUAUACCGAUUAGACAUAUAACGAAUCUCACGGAUCGGAACAAACCGUUACCGCUGCAAACUUAUUAUUUUUACGACACAGACCGGAGCCCGCAAUUUGAGUUGACGUUUUUCAUUCAAGCCGUAACAAUUAUUGUAUCAACUAUAAUUUACACGUCAGUAAAUGCAUUUUUGGGCUUCGUGAUUCUUCAUAUUUGUGGCCAAUUGGAGAACUUCAAGCAUCGAAUAGUCAAUUUGAAUUCGUGCAAAGAUUUCAACAGAGCUCUGAGUAACAGCGUAGUGACUCAUUUACGUCUUAUCAGAUUCGCCAAUAAUACUGAAACCACAUUUACAAUAAUAUUAUUUGUACUGGUACUCCAGUUUUGUCUCUUAUUUUGUCUAUAUGGAUUUAUAUUGCUUACUGUAAAAAUAAACACUGCAAACUUCUCACAAUUAGGAUAUACGAUAAUUGCUGUCAUUUGUCUGGUUUUGCAAACAUUUAUCUACUGUUUUGGCGGAGAUUUAAUAUCUGAACAAUGCAACGCAGUAUAUCAUACUAUUUGCAAUCUUGAGUGGUAUACAUUAGAGCCGCGACAAGCAAGGAAUCUUAUUUUAUUAACAUUAUUAGCCAAGGAACCUUUUCGCAUCACUGCGGGAAAAAUUUUUCCGCUAACGAUGACUACUUUUUGCAGCGUAAGAUUAUAUUAA